AUGGAUUUGGAGUCCUUGUUCCAGCAAAUCAUCUUCUCGGAGCACCAGGCUGAGGAGAGCCGCCGCCUGAUGAAAGAAGUAAGAUUGGAAACAAUCGGAUGUCGGGAAAAAAUUAAGAAGGCAACCGAGGAGCUUAAUGAAGAGAAAAUCAAGUUGGAAGAGAAGGUUCAACAACUUUCUGAGAAAUCCUUCCUCUUGGCACUUUUGAAAACUCAUGAAGAUGCAUUAAAAAGACAAAACAAUGAAAUUAUAAAGCAGAGGAAUAUAUUUCUUCAAACUUCUGAGGCUACAAAGAAAAAAAUGGAAGAGGAAGAGGAAAAGUUUAUUAAGGAAAUUACAGAUUUCAAUAAUAAAUAUGAAAUAACAAAGAAAAGAGAGCUUUUGAUGAAAGAAAAUGUCAAGAUUGAAAUAGCUGGCUUAGAAAACCAAGCAAACAUUUUGAAAAAGGAGAUAAAGUCAAUGGAACAUGAUAGUGGCUUGUUAAAUGAACUUCAGAAUCAAAAGGAUAAAUUAAUUCAAGAAUUAUUUACUCUCCAAAAAAGCCUUAAAGUUUUUGAAGAAAAGGAGAAUGAAGCCAUUUGUACUACCAAACACCUAGAGGCAGAAAAAAUUAAAAUCCACAAAAAGCCUCAAAAUGAUGCUGAGUGCUUAAAACUUAAAAAAGAAUUGGAAAUGUAUGAAGAAGAGGACAUGAAAAGCAUUUAUGAAGCUCUCCAAACAGAAGUUGAAUUUUUGGAGACGACUUUGGCACAGAAAAGACUUCAGGAAAAUAAUGUGUAGAGACUUGAUCAGCCACCUGAGACUUGGUCAGUGCAUCUCAGAACCAGACCUUUGGGUUGA